AUGGGGAGGUUCAACUUCGGUAAGAGGGACUCCUCGUCGCUUGACAGCAACUUUGAGCGCCGUCCAUCAGCUAUCGAGGCCAUGGACAACGCUACACGGAGGAAUAGUGUCGACGACCAUGCUGUCACAGGUGCUGGAGCGAUCACAACUAAGCAGUCUAUCAUUCCUGUAUCCCUCGUCACCAUCCUCUUCUUUAUGUGGGGUUUCGCGUACGGGCUCCUCGAUGUCCUCAACAAGCACUUCCAGGAAACUCUGAAUAUCACUGCGGCGCAAUCGUCCGGUCUUCAAGCUGCCUACUUUGGAGCGUACUUUAUCGGUCCUCUGACAUAUAGUGGCUGGAUAGUCCGCAAGUUCGGAUAUCGAUGGACUUUUAUCACCGGUCUCUGCAUCUACGGCGUAGGAGCUCUGUUGUUCUGGCCCAGUGGUGUCAAGCGAUCAUUCGGUGGUUUCUGCGGGGCUAUGUUCGUUGUUGGUUCGGGUCUCAGCACACUCGAGACGAGCGCAAACCCCUUCAUUGCUACGUGCGGACCUCCUAGGUGGAUGGAACUCCGUCUCAACCUUGCGCAGGCCUUCCAGGCAAUUGGCAGUGUCGUAGCCCCAGUGCUCGCAUCCUUUGUUCUCUUCAAAAAUGUCGACAACAACAGCUUGCAAUCAGUGCAAUGGGUGUAUCUCGGCAUUGCCUGCUUCGUCUUCGCUCUCGCAGUCGUCUUUUUCUUCGCCCCCAUCCCUGAGAUUACAGACGCCGACGUCGCCGCUCAAUCCGACCAAUCCGCCGCCUCGACUGGUUACCAAGACAAGCCCUUCCGCCACCAGUACACACUCUUCUGGGGCGUUGCAGCGCAGUUCUGCUAUGUGGGAGCCCAGGUUGCGGUCGCUGGGUUCUUCAUUCACUAUGUGACAGAGGUCAAGCCCAGCCUUACAACCGCUGACGGUUCUAACCUGCUCGCCGUUGCCCAGGCGCUUUUCGCUGUUGGGCGUUUUGUAGCCUCCCUUAUGAUGAAGUGGGUAAAGCCGAGAUACAUCCUUCUCGUAUUCUUGACUGGCUGUGUCAUCUUCAUCAUAGCCGCUAUCCCCACCACAGGCGACGCUGCGAUUGCCAUGUUGUGCAUGUCCUGCAUCUUCCCAACGAUCUUCACGCUCUCCCUUCGCGGCCUGGGACGCCACACCAAGCGCGGAGCCUCCUUCCUCGUCGCUUCCGUAUCAGGUGGUGCCGUCUUCCCUCCUAUGCUCGGCGCGGUCGUCGACGCACGCAACACGCGCAUCGCCAUGAGCGUGCCGCUUGCCGGCUUUUUGGUCGCGUAUUCCUUCCCGGUUUACUUGAAUCUGUUCAAGGCGAAGGAGCUGGACGCCUUCAAUGAGUCGAAGGUCGGCACCGAUGCUGCGCUCGCUGAUAAGACUGUUGAGGCGGAACUGUUCGGCGAGAAGAACGAGGUUGCUGAUAAGGUGGAGAGGGUGUAA